CCCCCCUCCGCAUGACCUCUGUGCCAUGCUACAAAACUCUUAAAACGGUCGCAGCAGUUUGGCUGUAGACGCGUGCGCCCGCAGCAGCAAGUGGGCUUCACCAUGUCGACCUGUCCGAUCGGAUGCCCCGAUGAGAGGUCCAGUUGACGCCAGAGAUGGAUUACCAUCCUUUCCUCGCUCACCGGCCGGGCGUCUUGCCCCUGUCAGCCUUCCUGACCGCCGCGCAGCCCUCGUUUUACGGCGCGCUGAAUUUCCCGGACGCGGCCGCCCUCUCCGAGCCCCUGGCGGAGCAGGCUGCGCACGACGCGGCGCUGCGCGCAGCCGUGCGCCGCCGCCAGCAGCAGCAGCAGCAGCAGCAGCAGCAUCCUGCCGCUCGCCCGCGCGCCCUGACCGGCCUGCAGCCAGAGGUGCGGCCGGACGAUGACCCGAGCGUCACGCUGGAGUCUAACCGUUUAUGGAAAGAGUUUCACAAAAUGGGAACUGAGAUGGUUAUCACUAAGUCUGGAAGGAGGAUGUUCCCCCCUUUCAAGGUGCGGGUGGGAGGGCUGGACGAAACGGCCAAGUACAUCCUGCUGAUGGACAUCGUGGCCGUCGACGACUGUCGCUACAAGUUCCACAACUCCCGCUGGACGGCGGCGGGCAAGGCGGACCCGGAGAUGCCCAAGCGCAUGUACAUCCACCCGGACAGCCCGUCCAAGGGGGAGCAGUGGAUGAGCAAGCCCGUCGCUUUCCACAAACUCAAGCUCACCAAUAAUGUAUCGGACAAGCACGGAUUUACAAUUUUGAACUCGAUGCACAAAUACCAACCCAGGUUUCACAUUGUGAGAGCCAACGACAUCAUGAAGCUCCCGUACAGCACCUUCAGGACUUACGUGUUCCCCGAGACGGAGUUCAUCGCUGUCACCGCCUAUCAGAAUGAAAGGAUAACACAGCUCAAGAUCGACAAUAACCCGUUUGCCAAAGGAUUCAGAGACAGUGGGAAUGGGCGCCGAGAAAAGAGGAAUAAACAGUCUUUGCUGCAUGAGAACCAAAGCAAAGCGGUCCGGGACAGCGGCGAUUCCGAGGACUCGUGCGAACCACCCAGUACCAGUGAUCCCUUCUAUUCCCCUCUGGAGCUGCUGAGCAGCCCCGUGAUGUCCACCACCUGCCUAGAUGAGAACAACGCUGGAGGCGAUUCAGACAUUGACCUACAAGACGAGGACACUGCCCAAACCUGCUGCUCCAGGGAUGAGCAUGCGAGUCUGAAAAGCGAGGAGCUGCCGCGGAACAGGCCUGCUCUCAGUAAGAGUGACGACAGCCAGGACGCAACAAAUGAACGGGCGGCGUUUAAAACCUCGGAUGAGUUCUACUCCGUGGAGAUGGACCCUUCAAAAAAGCACACGGGCGAAUUCAAAGACGGGGCCGUGCCCGUGAUGCUGCAAACGCGGGGCUCGUCAUCCCUCGGCGAUUGUGACCUUCAGACUUUGGAUUUCUCGGGUGCGCACGGCCAACAGUUUCUCAAGCUCGGGGCACCUUUGUUGUUCCAUCCUGGACAGUCGUCAGUGAAGCCAGAUGCUUUCUGCACUGCGGGCAUGGGACAUCUAUUCUCCUCUUUGUCCGGAGAAAAUGAACUCGAGAACGGAGGCCAAUCCCCCCAUAGCGUCACCUCUCCGUCUCCCUUCAUGUUCCACCUGUCACAGCAAAUGCUGGCUUCUCAGGGACUCUCACUGUCGCCCUUUGGCGGAUUGCUGUCAUAUCCGUACCGCUAUGUGGCGGCCCCGUCAGCGAUGACCGCUGCUCUCCCCACCUCCUCCGCGACCGCAUCGCUCACCAGGAGCCACUGUUUCCGCAGCUCCCGGCCCUGGUUGCGGUUCAGCCCGUAUCACAUCCCGGCCUGUGCCGCCUCAAGCCAAAGCCUGCUCGCAGACCGAUCGUCUGCUAGUUCAAACUCACGACUUGAGCCGUCCAAAUCAGGCAGCGGGCAGUCAGGCCCGGUGCAUGACAGUCGCAGCUACGUGACCAAGGCCAGGCAGAAGACUGCAACACACAAAGCCACUGCCAAGGCUUCCAUGGACGAACUGCAAAACAUAUGUAAUCUGGUCAGGGGACUUGAUUAACCACAAUAAACUCCACUGUUCUACACGCGACGGACACUGAUGGACGUAAACAUUUUACCGACAAGAAAACACACAGAAAGGUUUAUGAAGUUGCACAUUAUAAUGACCCUAAAAAUGAAUAUUUGUGUCAGAACGGUAUGUGCCGCUGCUAUAUAACGUUUUAUUAUAACAACCACAAAACAUCUUACUUUCUUGCGGGUCAAAAGACACCUACUGUAGACGCUGGGUUGAAAAUCAAGUUUUUAACUUUGUUAACAUGUCCAUACGAUAUUUUCUUACAAUACAUUAUAUAUCACAAGUGAAAUAAGCAGUCCACACAAUGCCUGGGUAUGUCCACCUCAGAACUGCAGCCUACCCGUGACAGUAUCAAGAAAAGCCACGGUUUCAUGUGUCUUCUUCGUCCCCCUGAGUUGGUUUCCAAUUCGGACAGUAUGUCUGAGUUACUCCGAUACUACAGCUAGCCAUCAUGAAGGAAGGUUUGCAGGUUUGCAUGAUAAUAGAUCUGUGACUACUAGAGGGCGAAGGUGUACAGUCACACCCAAGCCAUUGUAAGGCGUGAUGGGAGUCUUUUUUCAUGGAAUGAGUUCCACAUGUGGAAGUUUGAGAAGCAUUUGUUCGAUGCCAGGGGAGGAUCAAUGUCAAGGGUAUCUCUGUUGUCCGGCAAUUUGUAUUACGGACAGCAGUAUCCACACGAAGAGGAACUUCAGCUGCACAUGACAAAUUGACAAUAAAUAAAUACAGCAACAUGAGAUAAAAACAUAGAAAUCCAAUAAAAACAAAUCCUAGAAAUAGAUCGUCAAUCACAUUUGCUAUAUCAUCCAUGUGGGGGAGGUCUUAGCUUCUGUAGCUUCUGAAACAGAGCUUAUAUGUAACCUAGAUGUCUAAAAAAAAAGGUUCACCCACUCACCUAAAUUUCCGA